AUGAAAGAACACCUCACUCGUGUGGAAAGUCAUUCUGGAUCCACGUCUUAUGUUUCACCAGGUGUCCAGAACGAAUUCAUCCACAUGAUGGCAUCCACUUUUCACCAGAGUUUACUGAGAAGCAUACAUAAAGCCAAGUACUAUGGUCUCAUGUUCGACUCGACUCCUGAUCAGGCACACCGUGAGCAAAUGGCAGAAGUAGUGAGGUAUGUGGAAGCUGAUUUUGAGAGGAAAAUAGUCCGUGUUAGAGAGUCUUUCCUUGGUUUUAUCCAGAUAAGACAGAAGGAUGCUGAGAGCUUGGUUGAAGACAUCUUGAAACAGCUGGAGAAGGCGCUAGGAAAAACUCCAAACGCCGUGCCUGUGGUUGUUAAGUCGCAGUCCAAAACCAGGUGGAGUGCAAGGACAGAAGCAGUGAAGCCCGUCAACAAGUACCUUGAGGAGAUACUUCAAGUUCUCCAGGAUAUGGUAGACAAUGAAAACGAGACCAGUGAAACAAGAAGUGACGCAAGGCAGCUGUAUAAUCGCAUGUUGAGUUACCAUUUUCUGACUUUGCUAGGAUUUUGGAAUAAAGUACUCAUUCGCAUUGACUAUAUUCAAAAGAGGCUGCAGGAUCCUAGCAUGAACUUCCACAAUGUUGCCCUGGAUUUGAAAGCCCUCCGAAAUCAUUUUGAUGAUGAAAGAGAAGUGCUGGUUAGUGAGUCACUCGAAGAAGGACUCGGUCUCUGUCAAGAAUGGAAUAUUGAAAUUGAAAGACGUCAGAGACGAAUGGCUGAUGAGAACUCGAGAGAUGCUGGGUUAACAGCCAAGGAGGAAAUGGAAAGAGUCAUGAAGGGAACACUCGACUGUCUUCACAGAGAAAUUGACGAAAGUUUCGCUCGUUUGCACGACACUGACGCCAAGUUUGGAUUCCUUCUCGAUGUUGAAGGACUGUGUUAUGGCGUCGACAGUAACGACCUAAAGAAGAAGUGCGAAAAUUUUGGUGAAUUGUACAGCUCUGAUGUUGAUAGACAACAGCUAUAUGAAGAAAUUUUGGAUUGUAGAAUGUUGCUAUCAAGUCGGGCAAACAUGAAAAUAUCAAGACCUGAAGAUAUUCUCGAAUUUAUUGUUCAGUAUGGAGAUAAGAGCGUCUUCUCCAAUCUUAACAUUGCUAUUCAGAUAAUGCUAACCAUCGCAGUUUCCAUCGCCAGCUUAUACUGUGUUUGGCAGAAUUCUGGAAAUACUGUUAAGAUAAAGUUUGAUUGA